GAAUUUCUCUUCGUUUCUCCUUCCAAGUAAAAAUAGCAGAAACUCCGUAACCAUAUCUUCUGGUAGGACAAGCAAUUUUCAGUUUGGGAGAGAAGACGCCUAAAGAAAACGAUAACAAAUCAAUUUUUUUUUUUUGCUUUUCUGGGUUGUGGGUUCUAUCAUUUGAAGUUUCUCUGUUUAUGAUUUGUUCUACAGGAAGAACGAUUGUAACACCAAGGGAAACUAUCACUCCAAUCUAUAAGAACCCAUCUCAUUUCUCUCAUUUUAAUCCAAUUCUCACCCCAAAACCAUACCCUUUUCUUCUUCUCACAAGAAUUUCACUCUUACACCUCAAAACUUCAUUGAUUCUUGCUAGAAAACCACCACCAGCACUACCGCCAUCUUCAUUCCUGGCAAUGGAACAGUCUGGAGCUUCCUCGUCCGUGAUGCUAACGUCCGGUGCCAGCGGGAGGAUUAAUGCGUUGUUUUCGGUACGAGCGUUAAAGAGUUUUUUAAUACUGAUAAACGCCGUCGUUCUGUUUCUGCUGCUCCCUUUCCGUGGCCGGAGACGGACAGUGCCCAUUAAUUUAUCGACGGAGAAGCCUAAAGAUUUUGAGAAGCUUCAGGAGUGUGGGACCCAGCGGAAGAUGGUGCGGGUCCCAGCGACGAUCGUGCCUUGGAAGAGUAGCGCAUCAUCUGGUGGUGGUGGUGGAGUGGCGGUGGAUCAGGAGGUCGCGGCCAGGAGAGCCCUAGCAAUCCGCCGGGUGUUACAGGAUGAUGACCCCAAUUCGUUGAGGGAGUUUUCGCUGUUUGUUACCCCCAGAGGAGACACCAUUUUUACCCAGUUGUGGACACCUGUUUCUGUCAGAAUCAGGGGACUGGUGGUUCUUAUGCAUGGCCUAAAUGAACACAGUAGCAGAUACAGUAAUUUUGCAAAGCAGCUGAAUGCUGAGGGGUUUAAGGUUUAUGCAAUGGAUUGGAUUGGACACGGUGGGAGUGAUGGCCUUCAUGCAUAUGUUCCUUCUCUCGAUUAUGCUGUCAGUGAUUUGAAAUCUUUUCUCGAUAAAGUUUUAGGAGACAAUCCUGGGCUUCCAUGUUUUUGCUUUGGACACUCAACAGGAGCAGCCAUUGUUCUGAAGGCGGUGCUGGAUCCAAAAGUAGAAGCCCGUGUAGCUGGUGUAGUACUGACUUCCCCUGCAGUAGGAGUUCAGCCAUCCCAUCCUAUUUUUGUGGUACUGGCCCCAAUUUUCUCAGUUUUAUUGCCAAGGUUGCAACUUAGUGCUGCAAACAAGAAGGGCACGCUAGUUUCUCGUGAUCCAGAGGCGCUAAUAGCCAAGUAUUCAGACCCAUUAGUGUACACUGGAUCCAUUAGGGUAAGAACUGGGUAUGAAAUUCUGCGAAUUACAACUUACUUGCAGCAAAAUCUGAGCAGAAUGAGAGUACCCUUUCUAGUUCUGCAUGGUACUGCUGACACCGUAACUGACCCAGAAGCUUCACAAAAACUUUAUGAUGAAGCAUCCUCAACUGACAAAACCAUAAAAUUAUUUGAAGGAUUCUUACAUGAUCUCCUAUUUGAACCAGAAGGACAAGAUAUCAUGAAUGACAUAAUUGAAUGGUUGAGUUGUAGGUUAUAAGGUUUGGUAGUGCAACAAAAGAAGUUAUUGGAUAUUUAGCCAAGAACUAGAAGAUCCUAAAAGCCAUCAGCAUCUUUAGGGAUUUGCUGCUUGAAUGAAGCUUUCCUAUUAAGUAGACCAGAACUUGUGCUGCUGAAUAAGAUUCAUCAUUUUUAUGUUGAAACCUGAACCAUGUUGCUUUUUGAUUGAUUGUAAUGCUAUUUGAGUAUCAAGCAUUCAAGUCAACUGCCUUUGCUUUUGCUCUCUCUGAACUCUGAUUGUAGUAAACUAAGAAGCAGAAAUAUGAGAAACUAGCUAAAUGUCCGUGCUUUGCACCUUGCUAUUGAUCAUAUAUAUAUAUGGAUUAAACUUUUUUA